AUGAGCCUCUCCGGAUCCGUGUCGACCGCGCCGCUCCCCACACCACCCACCAUAAAUGAGAAGCUACAGAUGAGUGAGGGCACUGUAGAACGGGUACGAUUCAGCCUAAAAAGUGCGGCCCAAGGGACAACUUCCCCUCAGUCAGACUCCGCCACCAUUAAUCACCUUAUUGGCCAUGUAUCACCUCAGCUUGUAGAGGAUGAUGAGCUUCAGAUCUACUUUCUCCCACCCAUCUUUCGAAAAAGCAAGGGCCAAGGGCAAGUCUUGCUCGAUGAUCCGGUAUUAUGUCGGGAGCUUACGGAUAAGCUUCACCUUGAACCAUUCUUCUUAACAACUUCGGCAUGGGACUCCAAUGGUUUCUUCAGUAGCCGGCAGCUGGUCCGGUCCGAGACCCAGGAUGGGUAUAGCUAUGGAAGUCGCUUCCUAAUCAAAUUUCUGGCUGAAAACUAUGGCGAAGGGGCCACCGAUUUCAGCUGGUCGUUCUUGUCCUUCUCUGUUCUGUGGUCCAAAAAUCGCUUCACCAACAAGGUUUCUUGCGUCUUAGUGUGUUAUGACGAUGCUGCAGACAUCAAGACUGAGAUCGUUGAAGGACUGAGAAAUUACACGCUCGGUAACAUCAGAGACAGCCCAUAUGCCGUUUUUGACGCUAUGCUUGGUGUAAUUGUCUGGCAAUUCGACAAGGCGCUCUGGAAGUUUAGAAUGCCGAUUCGUACAAUUGAAAAGACACGCCGUCGAGUCGUGAAACGCAGAAUGGAACUUGACCCUACGCACGAAGAUGGUGGGAUUUCGGAUGACCACCCAGAAGAGCUAGCUGAGCUCUCCCGCCACACCCUCCAUAUGACCGAAACGAUCAGUGUCGCGAUGAAAACAGCAAGCAUGGCUUUGCUACGCGCCGAGACGCAAUCUCGCUCUGUCGAUUGUUUGACCAGCGGCGCUAUGCGUCUGGAGAAUGUUGUCGCAGGUAUACAGUUUUCCAGCAGUUUCCUUGAGAGUCUGAAGGAGCGAGCCAAUGCUUUCGCUGAGAGGGUGAGAAAUGAGAUACAAACGGCCAAUAAUCUAGUUAAUAUCCUGCAGCUAAAACUCAACGAGGACCUUCUUGAGGAGGCCCGUGAUGAGUCCAAGGACCUGACCAGGUUUGUCACCAAUCUCACUUUGUUUUUCCUUCCUGUGACAUUUGUUUCUGGCUUCUGGGGAAUGAACUUGGUUGAACUAGAUGAAAAUAAACUAGUCACCUUCUCGCCACAUAUCUGGAUGUUUGUUGUUUCGGCAGUAGGGGCUGUAGCCGUAUCCUAUUCAACCUGGUACUUGCUUUUCAGAAAGACAAAAGACAAAGGAAUCAAAUGA